CUCGAAGCCCCUCCCCGGAAAGGCGUCAGUCUGCUUCCGGCCGGAGCGCGGUGUCUGGUGGGACCCGGGCAGGAACGCGGGCCAGAUUAAGGCCGGUCUUGCGUGUGGCGGCUCCCGCCUGGGAGCAUCGCGGGGCGAGGGCGGUGGCUUGCAGGUGAGCGGGUGGCAGGGGCAGCGGCGUGGACCCCGGAGCUCCCGAGGAGCCCCGGCCGCUGCGCGGUGGCGGAGGCUAGGCUGCCAUCGUCCGUGGGCGGCGGUGGUUUCGGACCGGGCGGUCGCAGGCUGACGGCCGGACCGUUUCGGAGAGCCCCGCCGUCGGGCUCCGGAGACCAUCGUGUUGUCCGCCUUUGCGGAGACGGCGUCGGGGCCGCGGUGGCCAGUUUCCCGACUCGCUGGCCGGACUUUCCGUGGGCCGGGGGACCUGGGAGGUGCAGCUUCAGAGAUGUCAGCCUCUGCUGGUGCCGGAGUGCGACAAGCGUCUGGGUGCACGCUGAGCCGGCCGGGCAGCCGGCCGCCGGCCAUUUGAGAACAUCGUGGCGUCCUGGCCGAAUUUGGGAGCCGUUCGUGAGACCUCAGGCCAGGGAAGGCGAGAUCCCGCGACUCUGCUCCUUCUCGCCUCGAGGUCUGAAUGAACGUCGAAGAGAGGGAAGGUGGGCCGAAGGCUCACCGUCGACAGCACCAACUCCCCUUCUCUCGUUCUUUGCGGCUUGGCAUUUGGAUAAGCGUUUUGUAAGCCAAGUGUUUUAUGAAGAAGAUCCGUUACUUAAUUAUAUUCCUGAAAAUACAUGGUCUCAGUUGCCAUCAUAGGUGGUAAUGGGUGAAAACUAGAAAAGUAUAAAACAGGAAACCACUUAGAGAGGCUUCUAAGUCAAGGGGAAAACCUGUCAAGACAGCGGUACAGUCGGGAGCUUGGAAAAGAGGCCGUGCUCUUCCAACUGGAGACGUCAUAGGCUUCAAGACGAAGGCAUGAGAGUCACUGCCAGUGGACGUGUCCCAUGAUGAAUUUUGGAGUAAACACCAGGGGCUGCAAGAACAACUGAGCUAGAAUUCUCGUAAGGAAACUGAGCCUCUGUGCCUGUUCACCAGAUCCUAGGCUUUUUCUGAGAAGGCAAACAUCAAAGACUGGACAAUGGCAUCUGAACUCUUGUUGCCUGAGUCUCAGAGCUUGUUGACAUUUGAAGAAGUGGCCAUGUAUUUUUCCCAGGAAGAAUGGGAGUUACUGGAUCCCACUCAGAAGGCCCUCUACAGUGAUGUAAUGCGGGAAAACUAUGAGACUCUCAUCUCUCUAGCUGUCCCUGUUCACCACAUCCUAGCCUUUUCUGAGAAGACAGACACCAAAAACUGGACAGUGGCACCUGAGCUCGUGUUGCCUGAGUCCCAGAGCUUGUUGACAUUUGAAGAAGUGGCCAUGUAUUUUUCCCAGGAAGAAUGGGAGUUACUGGAUCCCACUCAGAAGGCCCUCUACAGUGAUGUAAUGCGGGAAAACUAUGAGACUCUCAUCUCUCUAGCAUUAUUUGUGCUCCCCAAACCCAAAGUGAUCUCCUGUCUAGAGCAAGGGGAAGAGCCAUGGGUUCAAAGGCCCUUGGAGUUCAAGAACAGUUCUGGGGAGUUGCCUUCAGGGUCAAAGGUCAAAUCUGACACUGAAAACCAUCAGCCUGUGUAUCUUUCUGACUUAGAAAUACAAGUGCCAGGAGACACAGUAUCAAAAAAGACCCGAGUGAAAGUUCCCCAGAAAACAACAGGGAAAGAAAAUCAUGGUGAUGCACAUAGGAUGGGGAAGUGGCAUCAAGAAUUUCCAGUUAAUCAAACAAAGGAGCUUUCAAUUUGGGAAGAAGAGCUGCAGAGACUCAUGGAUCUUCACAAGAAAGCUCGCGCAGUAGAGAAGCCUUUUACAUGCCAGGAGUGUAGGAAAAACUUCAGACUUACCUCUGAUCUUACUAAACACAAAAAAAUUCACACCGAAGUGAAGCCGUAUAAAUGUCAACAUUGUGGUAAGAGCUUUAGAGGGAAAUCAGAUCUUAACAAACACAUAACAAUACACCAAGGAAUAAAACCAUAUAAAUGCUCUUGGUGUGGGAAAAGCUUCAGUCAAAAUUCAAAUCUCCGUACACAUCAAAGAACUCACACUGGAGAGAAACCUUUUAUGUGUUAUGUAUGUGGAAAGAAAUUCAGUCAGAAUUCCCACCUUAGUAAACACCGGAGAACCCACAUGUAGCAUAAGCAUGAGAAAGUUUAGCAGGAAUUCCAGCCUUCUUGCGUACCAGAAAUACUACCACUGAACAGAAGGAAGCCUAUCCAGCAUCCUUAGUCUGAAGAAAUUUUCCAAGUAGAGCUUAGCCCUGAGGUUUAUGAAAAAUAUAAAGUUAAAAAGCAUGAAUAAUUCAUCAUCGGAAAAUUUGGUGAUAAAAACAUGUUUCUCAGAAAUGAAUCAAGGUAGACUCUGCAGGGGACAUGUUAGUUGUACUAAUUACAUUUUUACUAAUAAAUCGGAAUUCCUAACAAGAAAGGUGUACAGGGAACAUUCUGAGUACAGAAUGUACUAUUUCAUGAUUGUUCUGGCAAUUAGCAAAUUCAGCUUCAAAUAGCAAAUAUACCCAUGAAUUAAUCAGU